CAGAGUUUUAACCUACCUUCAGUCUAGUCGUGAUCAUCUCUUGAUAAGUUUUGUAAAGAAAAAUCCGCAGAAAUUUCGAGUUUAAAAUGAAAUUUCUUUCGAUUUUUUUCGUAGUUUCUUUUGUGACGUCAUCAUUGCAGAUUUCGACGCCUGAUUCCCCUUCAUACGUCGCUGCCGUUGUCGAAUAUCACAAAAUUUCUUCCGAUGCCGAUCCCGUGCAACUUUCCGCGAAUGUGAAUGAUUUUCUUCGCAUCAUCCGCGAGCCCGAUGUGGAAAAUGCUGACAUCAUCGUUUUUUCGGAGACAAGUUUGAACUCUCCCGAUACUGCCAUUUACUUACCUGACCCCAACGAUGCGAUCGUUCCGUGUGGCAACAAUUCGUACAAUUUCACCGACAUCAUUCGGAAACUUUCGUGCGCCGCAAUGACGGAGCAAAAGUAUGUCGUCAUCAAUGUGAACGAGAAAAGCGAUUGUCCGGACAAACAGCAAGUCGAGUGGCAUGAUCCAAGACCAUGUGACGCGUCAAAAGUAAAUAUUUACAAUACGAACGUCGUUUUCGACCGAAAAGGUACCGUCAUUGCGAAAUACCGGAAAUUCAACUUGUUUGGCGAAGGAAAAACGUUGAAGCCGUUCAAACCAGAGGCAGUUACGUUCAAAACGGACUUUGAUGUGACCUUUGGGAUGUUUAUCUGCUUCGAUUUGAUGUUUCAUCAACCGCCGCUGGAUCUCGUGAAGAGUGGCGUGCAAGAUUUUAUCUUUUCCGCAAAUUGGUUUAGUGAAAUUCCGUUCUUAUCAGCGGUGCAAAUUCAACAAAGUUGGGCCUACAGCAAUAAAGUGAAUCUCCUGGCAGCUGGAAGAAAUCUCCCUAAAGUUGGAAGUACGGGUUCUGGGAUUUAUCACGGGCGAUUUGGACCAUUAACGGCAAUUAUGAGCUCGAAAAAUGAAACUAAAAUUCUUGUAGCAACAGUUCCGAAAAUCGUCAAUAAUGCAUCUGCAGUGCCGCCUGUCGCAGUCCCAAUUGUCCCCAAUACACCUGCAGCAAUGACAAAUCUCCGUCUGAAGCGUGACCAAAUCGAUAAAUACGUAACAGAAUUGAUCAAAAUCCCCAAAGACGUGAAUGGAACAGCAAAUAUCUCGUUAGUUACUGACAUUUGUCACAAUACGUUCUGCUGCAAUUUCGAUUUCAACGGUACUGUCGCACAAACAACGCCUGGCUCGGUUUCUUACAGCUAUCGAUAUGCCGCAUAUUCGGGUUGGCGUACCUUCGAUGGCUUCGCAGAUGGAGCCGUGAAACUUUGUGCCGUCAUCGCGUGUUUAGAUGAAUCAGUUGCUAGUUGCGGAAAAACUUUCGGUGCAGGAGAAAAAAUUGAAGACAAAUUGGAGUUUACUUACAUUAAAGUUGACACAGUUUUUAAAGGCUCGGAAAUUCACAUGAUGCCAAAUACCUUGGAUACGACAAUGUUACCACUUAAUCCACGGGAAUUCAAUUACACGGAAGUUUGGGAAUUCGAUAAUGAUCCGGAAAGUGAAAAAGUGGUAUCACUUGAACUCCUAAGCCCGCACAAGGAUUUGCUGACUUUUGCAUUGUGGGCACGUGAUUAUAACGCGAAGAAGGAAGAAGGAGGCAAUGGCGGUAAUGGAACCGAGGGAGGUAAUGGAGGCAAUGGAACCGAUGAAAAUAAUGGUAAUGAGCAUGGAGGUUCAAAUGGAAAGGCGAAUGCAGUUACAGGAACUAUAUUUUUUACAUUAUUAGCAGUUUUGGGAGCUUUUUUCAUGUGCAAUUAAAGUAACUUGUUUAAGUUUUAUUUCUUGUUUUAUUAAAAAUUGUUAAAAAAAAAUAAUUUAAUAAAAUAAAAUUUUGAAAAUUU